AUGUUUAUGUACCAUGUAUCAUCCAUCCUGAGACUCCUCACUCCUGAUCUCACACCAGAUCUCACACCAGAUCUCACUCUUGAUCUCACACCAGAUCUCACUCCUGAACCUAAUCCAGAUCUCAGUCCUGAACCUAAUCCAGAUCUCACUCCUGAACCUAAUCCAGAUCUCACUCCAGAUCUCACUCCUGAUCUCACACCAGAUCUCACACCAGAUCUCACUCCUGAUCUCACACCAGAUCUCACUCCUGAACCUAAUCCAGAUCUCACUCCUGAACCUAAUCCAGAUCUCAGUCCUGAACCUAAUCCAGAUCUCAGUCCUGAACCUAAUCCAGAUCUCACUCCUGAACCUAAUCCAGAUCUCACUCCAGAUCUCACUCCUGAUCUCACACCAGAUCUCACUCCUGAUCUCACACCAGAUCUCACUACUGAACCUAAUCCAGAUCUCACUCCUGAACCUAAUCCAGAUCUCACUCCUGAUCUCACACCAGAUCUCACUCCUCAUCUCCCACCAGAUCUCACUCCUGAUCUCACACCAGAUCUCACACCAGAUCUCACUCCUGAUCUCACACCAGAUCUCACUCCUGAACCUAAUCCAGAUCUCACUCCUGAGCCUAAUCCAGAUCUCACUCCUGAUCUCACACCAGAUCUCACUCCUGAACUUAAUCCAGAUCUCACUCCUGAACCUAAUCCAGAUCUCACACCAGAUCUCACCCCUGAUCUCACACCAGAUCUCACUCCUCAUCUCACACCAGAUCUCACUCCUGAUCACACCCCAGAUCUCACUCCUGAACCUAAUCCUAAACCACACCCCAGAACUCACUCCUGA